CCUCGCACAAUCAUUGACACUGGCGCUAGUUAAGCGAUCGGGCUACGACGUCUUGUUGUAUUGAACGGUGCCGUCAGUGGCCCUUCUAUAGCCGCAGUUAGUUACAGCUUCUUCAGACUGAGAAAACGACUCAAGAGAGUGUGUAGAAAAUACCAGACUUUUCGAGACUUGUGGUUCUGUUUUUUAAGUGUGGAUUCCUUGCUUAAAGAACUCAGGUGUGCUUCUUCCCGUGAUCUUAAGCGAUUGACAACGAGCGAGAGGUCAAUAACUGACAUUAGCGACACGCCGAAGGAUCGUGUUAUGCUGGGACAUAAACCACCACGAGAAAGGUAGAUGCCACGAGGCCAAUCCUUGUGCAAGCUCCGCGUAUCUCUGGCCACACGACUGAGGUAGCGGGAAAGCUGUGCCGAGGCUCAUAUGUCGUAAUACAGCAGGAGGUUUUGUAGUGGCAUUGGCUCCACGUGCUAGAUUCGCCACUUUCCCCUGCCAACACGUCGGGUCAGUCCCCGUCGCUCUGACGAGGAGAACAUACUCCAUACAGAAGGACCAUUAGAGAAGCGCUGGGAUUUAUUGUCUGAGGAAAACGUACUGUGUGAUCGUCGAUAAUAUCACCAGCGUCAAGCCAGGGGAAUGGUGUCUGACAGACUUAUAUUUAGCAGGGAAGUGGAUCCUCAUGGCGUAGAAGACUAAAUCUCUUCUAAUAGCGAGUGGGUUUUCCUACCAGAAGCGACUCUAACUGCCGGGAUAUGUAUCAGAAGCCAAGAUUCCCCUAGCCGUUCUGGAAGCGCCUGGGUGAUACCGUAGCCGAUUCACAAUACUAUCUACAUCAUGCGACUUCCAAAGAAUUUCCUUUCAUGGAUAACAGAGUUUAUAUUUUUAUUAUUGUGCGUGUUAAUGUGUUGUAUCGUCUCCGGAGAGCAUCCCCAUGUGCAACUUCAUGCUUUGAUACCGAGUCACUUUCAUUGGUCACAGAGCUUUCAACGGGUUCUGGUCUCCAAGUUGAUGUCCUAUCGUCGGGACAGUAGGUACCGAGGGCUGUUCAGGGCCAUUAAUCUACACACUAAUGUGACGUUUCUCAAGAAGGAUGAUCCUAAGGAGAUUCUGAAUUCAUUCUGUGAUUAUGUGUUUCCCUACAAUACUACAGCAAUAAUUCACGUCAACAAUCCUUUAUCAUUCAGGAGACGGACUGCUGCUAGUCAGUAUGUGCUAGAAAUUGCUUCUUAUUUUGGUAUACCUGUGAUAUCGUGGGACCCAGAGUACCCAGGAUCUUUGCACACAAUGCAAGAAGCCCGCACUUUACAAAUCGCACCUACCAUCCAACAUCAAACUCAAGCAAUGCUCAAGCUUCUAACGCGCUACAACUGGACAGACUUCGCUGUAGUGACGUCUGAAGUGGCAGGACAUCAGGAUUUCAUCGCAUCAAUCAGAUCAUUUGUUAAACGAACUCACGACGCUCCUGAAUUUACAGCAGAUGGCAAAAGGCCUGUGAGGUUUAAAAUCCUUAAGGAGAUAACUUUAAGGAAUAAACCUAGCCAGGUUCAGGCAGAAGCUCAGCUCAGUCAACUUUUCGAAUCAGAUGCACGGGUUAUUUUAUUACACUCAAACACAUUAGAAAGUAAAAACAUUAUGGAUUACGCCCGUAACCUUGGUCUUACCACUGUGGACUACGUAUGGAUAUUAACCCAGACAGCGAUACCUACGUCAAGAUACGCCUCCAGAUCCUACCAUCUCGGAAUGCUUGGUAUUACCUACGACCACCAGAAAGACGCCAUGGAGACGGCGAUAAAAGCUGCUGUGACCGUGUGGGUGACUGGGAUGCGGGACAUGGUCAACAAGAGAAUGAUCCAGAAGGUGGACCUGCACCCGAAGAUCAACUGUCAGGAUGGGGGAAGGAUGUUCUGGAAUGACGGCGAGAUCAUAUACAAUUUCAUGAAGAACAUCACAGUGACACGGCCUCCGAUAAUAUCGUUCAACAGCUCAGGAGUCCUGAAGUUUACUGAGCUGAAGAUUGUGAAUCUCCAAGUUCGGGGUACAGGCAGGAAGUGGAUAGAGGUAGGCAAAUGGACAAAAGAGGGAUUGGUCAUGCAAGACAUCACGUGGCCAGGGGAGGCAGCAUCACCCCCUGCCGGCAAACCAGAUCGCCCGUUUGUCCGUAUCGCCACCCUGAAGGAAGAACCGUAUGUGAUGUACGGGGAGCCCAAUGGCGACGGCAAGUGUCAGCUGGGAGCCGUGCGCUGUGACAUCUUUAACAGGGACGAGAAGAAGAGAAAACUCACCAACACCACGGUGGAGAAAUGCUGUAAUGGUCUCAGCAUCGACCUUCUUAUCGAUCUCAGUCAACAACUGGACUUUGACUACCAUCUGUUCGAAGUUGACGACGGUCAGUGGGGAGCCAUAAAUAGCGUCACUGGGGAGUGGAACGGUCUGAUCAAGGCACUGACGGAUCAGAAGGCCGAUAUGGUCAUCACGUCGCUGAAGAUUACACCGGAGAGGAACUCUGCAGUGGACUUCUCAGUGCCGUUCCUGGAGACUGGAAUCACGAUCAUCGUAUCCAUCAGGGAAGGGGCCAUAUCCCCCACAGCGUUCCUCGAACCAUUUGAUGUUGCAUCAUGGGUAUUUAUCGUACUGAUAAAUAUUCAUGCAGUGGCAAUUGGGCUGUACUUCUUUGAGAGGUACACCCCUGCCAAUCCUGCAUUUACUGUGCACAGGGAACGUAGCCCAGACCACAGGUUUUCUCUAUUCCGGUCGUUCUGGCUAAUAUGGGCCAUGCUGUUCAGUGCCGCAGUUUCCACAGACACUCCAAGGGGCGUCUCCAGCAGGUUCUUGGCCAACCUGUGGGCUCUGUUUGCGCUUGUGUUCCUGGCCAGCUACACUGCCAACCUGGCAGCCUUCAUGAUCACCAAGGAGGAGUACUAUGAUCUGUCCGGUAUCCAGGAUUGGAGGCUGAAGAACCCGCAGGCAAUGAAGCCUCCGUUCAAGUACGCCACCAUCCCCAACGGCAGCACCGAGACCAACAUCAAGAACAACCACAAAGACAUAUACAACUACAUGAGGAAGUUCAACCUGCCUACUGUGGACGAGGGAAUAAAAGCUCUUAAGAAACAGGAUAUCCAUGCUUUCAUCUAUGAUGCCACUGUUCUGGAGUAUUACGCCGGGAAAGACGAAGAAUGUCGCCUGAUCACUGUGGGCAAAAGCUGGUACGCGAUGACAGGAUACGGGGUUGCGUUUCCCAAAGGCUCACACUGGAUAAACAAAGUCAACAAAGUGUUACUGGAUUUGCAGGAAGGAGGUGAAAUGGAGCGACUACAGAAAUUCUGGUUGGCUGGGGCGUGUCAGAAGAAGGAGAAGACUGGCGUCUCAAGCCACACCCUCGGCAUCCUCAACUUCACCAGCGCCUUCAUCCUUCUCGCCGGCGGCAUGGUGCUCGGUGCUAUACUUCUCAUGCUGGAACAUUGCUACUUUAGGUUCGGUCGGAAGAGUCUGAAGAAGUGGGACACAUGUGGUUGCUGCACCUUAGUCAGUCUGAGCAUGGGGAAGUCGUUGACGUUCGAAGCGUCUGUCAUCGAAGCCAUCAACCUCCACAGAAGAACCAAGUGCACUGAUCCUGUGUGUGAAACACAGCUAUGGAAGAUAAAACAUGAGCUCGAUCUAGCUCUACUCAAAAUCGAUAAUUUACAAAAUAAUAUUGGGGCAAGAACAGAUACGUCAAUAGAAGACGGUAAUUCUCACUGGCGGUAUAACCCUGAUCGACCACGACAGCCAAAUGGUAUUCCAGGCCAGAAUGCAAGACAUAGAGACCGAGAUAAUUUUGACCCAACGCAGGCCCUUGGGGAGCGGCUCACGUGCUACGGCAGUGAAGAUGGGAGAUCAGAUGGGGGAGGUUCACCAAAUGGCAGGGCACAGUUUAGACGGUCGCCUAGCUACACGACUGCAAUGAGUGAGAAUGAAAAUCUAGAAAUACAAGCUUUGUCCAACAGAGUGCGCUAUCAUGAUGGGAAAUGUUAUAUGGGCGUGAAUGAUACAGAAAGUGUGUUCUGACGAUGAUCAUUCUAGAAGGAUGGCAGUGUGAUUCAGGGGAUGUGUGCAUCAUCAUCAACUUUUGGAUACCAGAGAUGAUAUGUUGUUCAAAGGUGUUAUACAUGGAGGUAUGAAGAGAUGGAUGUUUUAUGACUGUUUACGUCGAUAUGCCCAAACCACAGUGUUGGUGGUUCUGCGUUGCCAUGUUGAUGUGAGCCACCGUAACUGCGUGGACUUGAGCGGCCGUUACCAUUUUGAUGUGAGCCACCGUUACCAUUUCGAUGUGAGCCACCGUUACCGUGUUGAUGUGAACAAACCGUUACAAUGUGGACGUAAAACAUCGUUAUCAUGUGGCCAUAAGUCGCCAUUACCAUGAGGACAUGAGCGGCUGUUGCCAUGUUGUUGUGUGAGACGCCGAACCAUGUGGUCAUGAGCAGCCUUUACCCUGUUGAUGUGAACAACCCUAACUAUGUGGCCUCAGGCCAUCGUUAAAAUGUGGACGUGAGUCAUCCUUACCAUGUUGAUGUGAGCCAUCGUUAUCAUGUGGAGAUAAGGCACCAUUACCAAGUGGACAUACAGCAUCGUUACCUUUUGGACAGGAGCCAUCGUUACCACGUGGACAGGAGCGGCUCUUUUCUUGAUGAUAUGUUUUAACUGUAUGCAAUAUACCCGAACCACUGCAUGUGUUGGUGCUUCUGGGUUAUUUCGCAUUGUUUCGAAACGUGCAUAAAACGUGUAUGUGUGAAAUCCCUAUGAGAUCACUUAAUGAGACCACUAUGAACCCGAAUGAGAUCUCUAUAUGAGAGCACUGUACGAGAUCCAUGUGCGAUUACUAUAUAAUAUCACUAUGAGAGCCCUGAAUGAGAUCACUGUAUGCGAUCAAAAUGCGAUCAAUAUAUGAGAUCACCUUGAGAUCACCAUAUGAAAUCACUAUGAGAUCACUAUGUGAAUGUGAUAUUAGUUCAUGACAAUCAACAUAACGCGCUAUGGCAUCAACGUGAAAUGCUUCCAAAAGGAUGACCACAGUCUGGAGCUCUGGGUCACCUUGUGUGUCAAACUUGUGAUCACGGCAAUGAACAUCUAUGCAACUCUCUAUGCCGUGAUGUAUUCUAGUUUGUGAAAUGGUAGUCAACAACGAUAUUAGACCUCUUCCAGCCAGCAGUAGUAUCUACAAACACCAAUAGGAGCGUGUAACUCCUAGAGAGACGAUGGAUGAAACAACUUCAAGAGGUGUGCGUUCAGACAAAUUGAAGGAUCUUGCAAUUCCGAAAUGUUUCGAAAGACAUUGUUUUCUAUUUGGUUUACAGUGUUUGUAUGUGUUGCUCAAUAAGGACUGUUCUGUCCUAGGCCACGAACACAAUAUCAAUUCUGUUUGGAAGUAAGACAAUGUAUUUCAUUUCAGAUGUGUAUACUUUUCUCAGUACGGUACACUUCACGGCCCAGCUGAUAGGCACUGCGAUGACAAAGAUGUGAUUGUCAUAGUUCAGUGAAACUGCAAAAUUGUGCCAUCACUCAUUUAUAAAAGCUGAACCCUUCAUCUCACUAUCAUACCAUUUGUUCGCCAGCAUGACCAGCCUGCUGUCAUGCUGACAUGUCCAUUUUUGCCAAAGCAUUGUUUCUGUUUCUUCCUCUGGCGUCUUCUGAUCUCCCCCAGUGUAUAUAACCCUUCUGCUUGGUUACACCAUCUUUCCCUCCAUGCUAUCGCCGUGUCUAUAUUCUGUGUUUGAUCGACAAAUCGCCACAUCUUUUAGACUACCUAUAAUGACUGUAAAUACAUUUUAAUAUUGGUCCAUAGAGAUACUUUAUUAAUAAAGAUUAUCCAAUA